GGGGCGGGAGGAGGGCCCGAGCCGCGGUUGGGGUGCACGGAGGCGAAGCGGUUCCAUGGGAAGAAACAACCAAAUAUAACGUUGUAGGUAGCAGUUGUAAUCAUUAUAGCCCUAAUGUUAACUCCUGUGUAGAGAGAAUGUCUAUUUACACAGUUUCUGUAAACAAGCCCUAUAAGGCGCAAUGUACUGCCACUUUGCAGAAGACUUCUUCACAAAAUGCUUUUACCAGCAGCAAAAUGUUGGGGCAGCAACUGCCAUCACAGGUGUCAGGAAACAACCAGGACAGUUUGCUGUCAUGUUCCCAGAAUAAGUCUGAGGAAGUAAAUAGGACCUACGUGAUUUCGGCCUGUAGCAAUGCGGAUGACACAUCACUUACACUGAGACCUCCGGGCAGGUUAACGCUCCGGAGGAGAACUAGAACAAGCAAGAACUUGGCAUCAGGUGGUGGGCAGCCUGAUAAAAAUACACCCCAGGGCACGGAGAGUACGCAAAUGGAGAAAAGGCUUACCCUGCAGAGGCGUGUGAAGAGUGGCUCUGUGGAAAAGAGUACAAUCAAUGGGAGUACUGUGCCUGGAGCAGAAAACAGUGUCUUUGAUGCAGAGAGAAAAUACAAGAUUGCACUUCAACCCAGUAUUAGUAAUAAUGAUACCCAUUAUAUUAAAUCAAGCUGUAAGUUAGCUGAGGGUCAACAAGUUAUCAACUUGAAUUCUAAGUUCCAUAGCAAGGAUGUGUUUGGCAACGUUGAAAACGAUGACUGUGUGCACUCUAAAUGUAGGAUGGACGCUGCUGAUGCCAGAUUUCCAAAGGAAGUUCCUGUAUCAGAACAGCUGGCUACCUCAAAGUAUGUUAAUCAGGUAUCAGGAGAGCAGCUGCAUGAAAAAGGUGAUAUCAAAAGAAUGGCUGGAAAGCAAAGGUUACAGCAGUUAAAGUAUAACAGCUUGGAAAGACCAAGGACACCAACAAAAGCUUCCACAGAAGGAUUUAAGCUUACGCCAAAGAACAGCACUUUUCAGGUGAAGUCAUCUCUAUCUGCUUCAAGUAAACAAACAGCUGAUCUUCCAACUGUGUCAGAAAAGAAAACAAGCUCCUCUCCUGGGGGUAGAAGUGCAAAAGCAGAUGAGGAUGCUGAAAGCGACAGCGCUGAGAAGGAUACUUUUAAAGUAGAAAACAGCAAAGUCACUGUAGCUGUGCGUGUGCGGCCUUUCAGUAGCAGAGAGAAAAAUGAGAGCUUGCUCCCUGUAGUAUCCAUGAGCGGAUCAGAGACAUCUGUACGAAAUCCGAGCACAAACCAGCUCUACAACUUCAGUUAUGACUUCUCCUUUUGGUCCUUUGACGAGUGUCAUCCGAACUUCGCAAGCCAAGAAACGAUUUAUAAAACUUUGGCAUUGCCGCUACUUGAAAGAGCUUUUGAGGGAUACAACACUUGUCUUUUCGCUUAUGGGCAGACCGGUUCUGGAAAAUCAUACACGAUGAUGGGCUUUGAUGAAGACCGAGGAAUAAUUCCGAGGCUUUGUGAAGAUCUUUUCACUCGAAUAGCACAGACGGACCAGCAGCAGGUCUUGUAUCACCUCGAAAUGAGCUAUUUUGAAGUUUACAAUGAGAAAAUUCAUGAUCUCCUUGUCUUCAAAGCUGAAAGCAGACAGAAGAAACAGCCACUUCGUGUAAGAGAACAUCCAGUGUUAGGACCAUAUGUGGAAGACCUAACCGUGAAUGUUGUCAGUUCUUACUCAGAUAUCCAGAGUUGGCUUGAACUUGGAAAUAAACAGAGAGCGACAGCGGCUACAGUAAUGAAUGACAAAAGUUCUAGAUCUCAUUCUGUCUUCACUCUUGUUAUGACACAAACCAAGGUAAAAUCUGUGAAUGAAGAGCAGCGUGACCACAGGCUCACCAGUCAUGUAAAUCUCAUUGAUUUAGCUGGCAGCGAAUGCUGCUCUACAGCUCAGACCACUGGAGAAAGGCUGAAGGAGGGUGUGAGUAUUAAUAAAUCACUAUUAACCCUUGGAAGAGUUAUUUCUGCGCUCUCCAAGCUGUCUCGAAAUGGGAAGAAAACUUUCAUUCCUUACCGGGAAUCUGUCCUUACUUGGUUAUUAAAGGAAAGUCUUGGUGGAAAUUCACAAACUGCUAUGAUUGCCACAAUAAGUCCAGCUGCCAGCAAUGCAGAAGAAACACUCAGCACUCUUCGCUACGCAAAACAAGCUUGUUCAAUUAUCAACAUGGCUAAAGUAAAUGAAGAUGUGAAUGCCAAGUUAAUCAGAGAGCUGAGAGCUGAAAUCGAAAAACUGAAGGCAGCUCAGAAGAGUGCUCAGAACAGGGAUCCUGAAAAAUACAGACACUAUUUGCAAGAAAUAACAUCUCUGAGAAUAAAACUGCACCGUCAGGAAAGGGACAUGACAGAAAUGCAGAGGGCUUGGAAAGCAAAACUUGAACAAGCAGAAAAAAGAAAACUAGAAGAUAUAAAAGAAUUGCAGAAAGCAGGAAUUGCAUUCAAAAUGGACAAUCGUUUACCAAACCUUGUCAACCUGAAUGAAGAUCCCCAGCUUUCUGAAGUGCUGUUGUAUAUGAUUAAAGAAGGAGAAACUACAGUUGGAAGGUAUACAGCAAAUUCAAAACAUGACAUCCAGCUUUCUGGAGUGCUAAUUGCUGAUGAUCACUGUGUUAUAGAAAAUACUACCGGCCAAGUGAGUAUUAUUCCACGGAGAGAAGCUAAGACAUAUGUAAAUGGGAAAUGCAUUGUAAACCCAACAGUUCUGCAUCAUGGUGAUCGGGUGAUCCUUGGUGGAGAUCAUUACUUCAGGUUUAAUCACCCAGUGGAGGUUCAGAAGGUGAAAGGGCUGUCUUGUGGAACUACGCUUUUGCACGAUGGUCCGAAAGACUUCGAAUUUGCCAAGAAUGAGCUGCUGAUUGCACAGAGAGCACAGCUUGAAUCAGAAAUUGAAGAGGCACGAAUUAAAGCCAAGGAAGAAAUGAUGCAAAGUGUCCAAAUUGCAAAAGAGAUGGUUCAGCAAGAACUGACAUCACAAAAAGAAGCUUAUGAAAGCAAAAUAAAGUCACUGGAAGCAGAGGUGAGAGAAGAAUCUCGUAAGAAGCAAGUGCAAGAGCUGAACAAUCAAAAGGCUGCAAGUAAAAUACAGGAAUUAGAGAAGGCAAAGCAAAAUCUUGAGCUAGAACUGCACUUCAACAGGAAGCGCUUGGAGAUGGAGGCCCUAGCUACUAAACAGGCUCUGGAAGAUCAUACUAUUCAUCAUGCAAAAAUACUUAAAGCUCUAGAAGAUGAGAAACAGAAGAUUGCUGAAGAAAUUCAAACCCUACAGAAGAAUCGUGCAAGUGGGAAUAAAACUGUGAAUACUCCUCUUAACUGGAAUUCUUUGAAGCUAUCUGUGAUGAUCAAAGAGGCCAACACCAUUAGUAAUGAAUUAGGGAAAAACACUGUUUUUAACAGGCAUGACAAAAUUGAUGACAAAACAGGAUCAGUGUCUUCUGUUCAGGUGCAGGUUCGUAAUGUCAAACUGCGCAUAGCAACUUUCUGGAGCCUGGAGAAAUUUGAAUGCAAACUAGCAGCAAUGAAAGAACUGUAUGAGAGUAAUGAUAGCAAUAAAGCUGCUGAUGUAUUUUAUGACCCUGCUGAUGAGUGGGAACCUGACCUGUCAGAUGCCUCAGUUUCUUCUCUUCCCAGAAGAAGAAGUAGGAGUUUCAUGAAGAACAAGAGAAUUUCUGGAUGUUUGUCUGGUAUAAAAUUGCAGCCAAUCCAGAACACACAAGCAUCCUAUAUAUCAGGCACACAGAACAAAUCCAGCAUACAGCCCAACUUUUUUGAUUCUCUUCUUCCUGGAAUUUGCAAAGAAUCCAUAAGUUCAGCUUUAGAUUUACUGGAACAGAAUCAUGAAGGAGGAAAGAGCAUUGCAGAUCAUCUCCUGAUCAAUUUGUUUACAAUUUCUUCUGGAGUUUCUGCCAUUUCUAAAGCCUAUGAGCAGCAAGAAGAAGAAUGUCAAAAAAAUUUUAUGUCUCUUGACCAUGAUGCUCAGUCCUACAGCAUCAAAAUUACCUCUGCUUUUGACCAGCUUGUGGUACUGAUCAAGACUUGGCUGAACAAUGUGCAGAAGUGCACUGGAUCUAUGAAGACUGAUGAAGAAAUAAAACAGGAAGUAAAGAACUUGGGAGGUUAUUUACAGUUACUGUUGCAGGGAUGUUCUUCAGAUAUAUCCUCAAUGGUAACAGAAGCACAGAGCAAAGUCAACGAAGCAGUGAAACAGACAAUGAAAUGCAUAGGAUACCUGGCAGUACUCACAAGAACUGAUAUUUCCUUUUUUGAAGAAAACAGUAUUUCUACUAUCAGUCUACAGGACUUUGUCCGCGCUGUUUAUGAUGGAGUAGGCUCAGGGCUGGAGGUGCUUAUGGAUACUCUACAGGAAAAAGCAAGAAUGACGCAGAACGAACUAGUGAAACAAUAUCCACAAAAUGAGAUUCAAAGUCAAAUUAAGGACAGUACCGUGGCUUUAGCCAGAUUCCUUGAAAGUAAUGUCUCUCAUUGUAGAAAGACAGGAAUACAAUCUCAGUUACCAGAAGAAGAAUGUCUGUAUCAGGAAAUCAAGAGAAGCACCAACAUUGCUGCAAAAUAUUUGGAAUUGGAGCGGUGUCUAUCUGAAGUCCAUCAGAUUGUUUCUUCUACCUUACAAGGGUCUUUCAGAAACACGAGCCUGCUCAGGAGCUUUGCGGGAGAGAUUUCUAUCAUAGCUGGAUAUUUUAACAAUUACUUCAGUUUACUUGCAUUGUCUUCUGCAAAUAAUCCUUUCCAGAGAACACCUAUGCCAUUUAAGAACUUGGAUGAACUGGACUCUCUUGUUGAUUCUCUUAUUUUGAGUUUUGAACUCGAACAAGGACAGCAGAAACCGAAAUCUCAGGUUGCUUGUAAUGGAACUACUGAGACUGAAGGAAGACGAGUUGAAACAGAUGAAAAAAAUCAUCCUAGGAGAAGUGUAUCUUCAGAAUAUGAAUACUGGAUUACUCAAGAAGCCUUCAAAUAAUCUCAUCCUUUGAGACACUGUAUAAAAAGGCACGCUCCAGUUAUGCCUCAUAAGGAACAUGUACCAGUGUUAGAAAUGAAAACAAAACAAAACAGAAAAAGAGGUCUCCUGAGCUGACACUUCAUCAACAGCAAGCAGCAGAAACCACCUAAAAAGCUAAUACUGCAGAGUUCUGAUAUAAUUGGAUUGUAAUAACUGCAGCUUGACCUCUCCAACUUCUGAUGCUACUGCGUAGUCAUAAUGCUGCUAUCUCCUCUUCUCCUGCUGUGGCUGGAAUUACGUGGGAAUCUACAGUGCUUCUCAUCCAGCAGAUCCAAAGUGCUCUGCAAUGGUGAGAAACUACUUCCUGUUCGACAGAUAGGGGAGAAAGGAUUCAUGCAGAUUAGAGGGUUCCUAUUUCUGUUACAGAGCAAAUAUUCUAUUCUAUCUUUAUGAACAGUUCUUAAGUUAGAAAUAGUUUCUUCUGCAGGACCUUUUCUCUCCAUUUUAGUAUAUUUAACACUGAGAGAAUAGUUAUGUAUGAGUUGUCACAGAAGCUGAACUUAGCACGCACUGUGCACAGAUAUAAGCUGUAUUUGAACUUACAGUUAACUUUCUGGAGACCAACUGUAGACAAAAACCUUGUGUAGGACGAUAGCUGAAGGAGGCUUUACUACUUGAGCUUAGGAGUACUGUGUGCAGGUGAGCCCUGCAGUUUUGUUUGCCUUGUGCUUGUAGCUAGAACCCCAGUGGAACUUGCUUUUAAUUCUGUUUCCUAAAUGAUCCCUUGGCAUUCUCCUUGAAACUAGACUCCCAUGGUCUUGGUAUACAGCAGUGGUCUAGGAAAUAUGGGGCUUCAGUCAAAUGUAUGAUGCAUAAAACACAUUUAUGACGCUCUAUUGGUAGGUUGUGAAGUCCAGGGAGUUAAGAUAGCUCUGGGCUCCAAUCCAGCAAUACUGUAUCCUGAGAGGGCACUUCUCAGUGCACAGGAUGCUGGUAAGGACACCAGUAAUCUGUUAUUCACUAAUGCACAGAGAAGGAAAACAGAAUAGCAGGCUUUUCUCUUGUUUUUUCAGAUAACUGGAACUGUCAGAGAAAAAUAUCUGAAUGAUAAAAUAAUUCUUUAAGAACUGUGCUCUUAGUAGUAUCUAACAGGCUGUUUGUUAACUGUUGAAAAUCACCACUGUAUUCUAGAGAUGUGGAACAUUGCAUAGCACCCUCACCUGAGUGUCUCAUCUUUCCUUGUUCGUAUGGCUGGUGUGUUCAAGUUAAAUGGGACAUCUGUUUGGGACUGAAGGUGUAAUGAGACUCUGAAAUAUUCUCCAGCCUUGCUAAGGCUGCUCAAAAGAUGAAAGCUACGUAUUUAGUGGGAUGCUGAUAUCUUUUACUGUUGCGCAGUGCUAGUGUGAUUAUUGCUUACCAAAAAUUCGCCUGUCACGAUAUGUCUUUAUCUGCUAUGUCGUCUUGAAGACAUCUUCUGGCAGGCAUUUUCAAUAGGAGCAUAAUAAUUCGGUAUAUAACACAGCACACCAACAGCUUUUCCCAUUUCUGUUUGGGCUCUGUAGUCACAAUAAGUACUAAUAAAAAAAAUUCUUACUAUAGAAUUGAAAACAUAUCUGUGUAAGUUACAUAAAAGAUGUAACUGCACAAAGUUAGCUUUGUGUUGAAUAAAAUAGUUUUUGCAGUCACGUUCCCUGACUGCAGUGUUGGAGAAUUUGCAUAAAUCAGGAGUUGUGUAAACUUCUUUUGAAAGAUUAUCAAUGCUCUUCAUGAUCAAAAGAGGCCAAUAAAAGCCAUAUUCAUGUAAAUAGUGGUUUCUGGCUGAGUUAAUAGGUUCCUUUUAGACGCAUCCAAACCUGGUAUGUAAUGGAUUUCUAUGUUUUCAUUGCUAAAAAGGAGUACAUUUCUUUUCCAUGUGUGUGCACAUCUGAUCUGUUUUCUAUUACUUCUGUGCUAUAGAGUAUCACAAUAUUCAGAGCUCAGUGAUGUAUUCCAUCUUCCUGAGACGCAGACAUUCACAUUCAUGCUGCCUGUGGUUGCUCAGCCUGUGCUUUGUCUGCUGGAAGCACUUCUCGACCUUUGGGUUUUCUUGUUUAUUUUCAUAUGAAAGUUAUGUAGAUGUUUCUGUUUUAGUGUAAAGAAAAACUGAGGCUGUACAAGUAGUUUGAAAAGGAUAUGAUGUUGUAAUUUGCCACUGCAGAGAUUCCAUCUGGAAUGCUGUUAGAUCAAGAUACUUUUCGAUGCUAUUUACAUUGCAUCGGUGCUUAGCAUGUACUAGGUAUGUUCCAAGCAGAGUAAAUCUCUGUCCCGAAGACAAGUGGAAAAAAUGUUCAUUAAGUAAUUAUAACUGAGAACAUUUGUUCAUAUAGUACAUGUAGCUUUUACUAUGUUGUUAUUCCUUAAAAAACACCACCGAGGAGAAGGGUGAAUUGUACGAGUUUUGAAGGGAGGUCAAGGAAAGGGGGGAGAACAAACCUGACCUAAGAAAUUCCUGAAACCUUUAGUGUGAUGAAGACUACAACAGGUAUGAAGAUGAUAUGUGUGUUAAAAGGGUGCAUUUAUGUUGUACUUACUGAGCUUUUCACAGGAUUAUGGAAAAGUAGUUACAAAUUCCAUAUAGCUUACAUGACUGCUUCUAACUCCUGUAUUUCCCCAGUGUGUUUACUGUGUCCUUUCUGCAGUGCUAGUGAGUACAGAAUAGUCACCUAUUUAUCAGAAUAAUUUGAUCAACCUAAAUUAGGUCAUUAUAUUCCAUGAAGAGCAUGUGCAGCUCUCAAAACUUUGGCCUGGUAAUAGAAGAUAUUUAAGAUAAACAUGAAAGGCGUCUCCUGACCCUCUUUAACAAUCGAUGCCAAAAUUAAGCAUAUUAGUUUCCAGUGGUAAUUGCUGACUACUGUUUACUUGAAUGAGUAGUAUGGCUGUUCUGUUCUGUGCUAUUGUCCAGUAAUUAUUCCAGGAUGUCUUUUGCUUUUAUAUUAAGUAGGAAAUUGUUGAUGCUGUGUAAAUGAUGCGGGCACUUGGCAAACACAAGUGUGAUGAGGCUAUGGAAGUUGCACGGAUUUGUAAUGUGGUCUCUGGAAAACACCUGUGUUGCCUUCUGGUAAAUAAAUAAAUUUCCAUGCAUGCCACAAGCAGUAUCUAGCUCUUGUUAACUUACACCACUAUUAAAAUAUAAAGGUCGAAUACAAUUCUUCAAAGACGUGACAGCUGCAUAAAUAAGGAGGUUGUUCAAGUGUUGUAUUACAUGUGAGAUUUUCUAAUAACUGCCAUGUUCGUUAGAUGCACAGAUACCACUGACUGGUUCUGUGGUUGCCAGCCAACAAAUGGGAUCUGACACAAAAUAUUUUCAGGUCCUGCAAGCGAAGAAGGACAUUUAAGCAUGGUUUGAUUUGAACUCUCUGGAGCGUACCAGUCCAGAUGUUCCUUUCAAAAACACAGGAUUUCCAAGCCAGAGUCCCAAAGGCUGUGAAGAAUCCGAGCUGCUCUUUCAAUAUACCGAGAUCCCAGAUACUCUACUGCACGUGUUAUAGUUUCAACUGUAAUUUCCUGCGUGGCUCCUUAGCAGCACGUGUUUCUGAGCAGGACAGGUGCUACAGCAUCCCUGUACAGGGAUUCUUACUGUGGAAGCCAGAGUGGUGCUUUGCCUGCACGUCUCUACUUCAUCCACACUACUGGAAGUGCCUUUAUAACAUGACUGAUCUAAGGAAGAGUCAUCUGAUUCUACGCACAACUGAGUUGUAUCAAACAAACAAAAGAAUGAAGGCCUAAAGAUGAACAAGAGAAGGGUUAUUAAGUAAUUCAAGCAGAAUAAGCUCCUGCUAAUAGCAUCAGCUUACAGUAGAACCACCCGAACUGGAACAGAUCCUGACAGAUAUAUUGAAGAUGAGCACUGUCCACAGACUGACGUACUCAAGAUAGCAGGGCAAUUCUGUUAGGACCUGCCAUGUCUAAGGUUUGAGCAGCCCACUUCUGCCCUCCACAGAGCUGCAGACAGAACUGUAAUUAAGCAAGCAGAAAUCCUGUUCUUCAGUCUCCACAAAGCAAACUUCUAAUCCAGCUGAAGAUUUUGGAUGAUGCUGUGAAAGGAGUCAGUCAGAAUGGUCCACGUGCACUGUAUUUGAAGAGAGAACUGGGACUUUGCUCUUACCUGCCAGCAGACUGCAGGAACCAGGAACGUGUUGUGUGGUUCGUGUAGGUCCUGGACACCGAGUUUUAGGUACGGCAAGAAGGCUCUCAAAACCUCAUUGCAGGUCUCUUCAUCUUCCUGAUAUAUGGGGUGUACAACACAGAGAUACACAGGAAGGUAUUUCGUGAGGUGGAAAUCAGUUUUGCUGUGAGGAUGAAUGACCUCUGAACACGCACAGAACAGAAGAGUGGCAGCAUUGCAAGUCUCAGCAGUGGUGAAGCACUGAAGAACAGAAGAUUGCAGUUUGGAUCACGGCGGACGAGAGAAAAAUGACCGAAAUCAUGACAAGCAUGAUUUGGUACCCUGAAUUGUGAAUAUGUUUCUGUAUACCCUGAGAUGCUAAAAGUUCACAUCUGCCUUGCCCACAGGAACUGUAGCAUGUGUAAGAUACUCUCUGCAGUGGUGCGUGUGCUGCUUUUGAUGCUGAACACCUGGUAAAGAGUGGAAUGUAAUUCUGAUGACCUGAAAAAUAACCACCAUGCUCACCGUCAGGAAGCACAAAGAGAAUCUGGGGAAAUACAGACUGGCUUCACCUUCACACGUCUGAAAGCUACGGAGCAAAUCAUCCCAGAGCUGCUUCCAGCAUCAGGGAGAGCAAGCCAUCAACUGGCAGCAACCAACACUGAAUUCACCAAAGGCAAAUUGUGCCUGACCAUCCAGGUGAAUCUUAGUCAACAGUUAACUGAGAGCCCGUGUGGUACGCUUGGAACCCAUCUCGCCCAACUGAACGGGCAGGUAGCGAGAAGUUUCUGCCGAUUACCCGCAUGCCUGGCUUAAAAGCUAAAGAUGACCUGCACAUAAUGACUGUUUUAGUCCCUCUGCCUCUCCAGAAAGGAUCUCAGGAAAAUGCUUGAAUCACCCCCAGAAGAGGAAACCUCAGAUUUACAUGCUGACCACCUGUGACACCAGUGUGCUGUAUCCCCACAUCAGCAGUGCUCAGGCUGUGCCGCUUCUGCCUCCAGCAGCCUCUGUUGCGUGCUUGUGCUUGUUGCUCCUUCUUGAUCGAGGCAGUGCUGAGAUAAUGGUUGAUGCUGUUCAACCAGACUUCCUGAGGGCUCUGGCGCACCAGGUUCAUUUUCCUAGAAGUGAUGUCCAGGGCAAGAAAUGUGGCUUUCCUCUAAUCUUAUGGCCAUGACAGUUGGUGGAUGUACAUUUUGUAGGAUGCAAUUCAUAAAGGGAGGAAGAAUGACAGGUAGAAGUGAGCUGGCCAGCUGGAACACAGUGGGCAGUUGAGGGGACACUGGUCGUGCAGAAGGCUCUUGGCAGUGUUCCUCUCUGAAAGAAUACUUUCAGUGUGCUGUACUGUUCUCCAGCACUUCUUUAGCGAAUUGUCUAAGCUGGCAUAAGCAUCAAAGGGAUAAGAGGAGGACAGGGGAAUGGGGCACGUGUCUGCGGGGUGAGUCUCCAAUGAAUGGCUGACAGUGGUAAACAGCCUUUCAGCACUGCUUCUGCAAGGGUCAUCCUUAUUUGUGAAACAGUCAUCUGCAGCCUACAGUCUGAAAAUGAAGCUAUUUCCUGAAACCGUUCUCAGCAGUGAGGCAAGUUGGUCACCUAGACAAGCAGAUUCUCUGAAGCCAAUGAAUUGAUGUACAUCAGGAGAGUAGAAGCCUUCUCUGCAAGUGAUUUCCGUACCAAAUUAUUCCCCCUCGCCGGACAGUGCGAGAAAAUGGAAUCAGGCGAGAAAGGGAACAGAUCAGCAUGAAGCCGAUGUGGAAGGAAGCACCUGUGUGCAACACAGCCUUUUCACCCCGCAGCCUUCACCAGGACCUUCUCCACGACUGCAGCAGGAUGUCUAUUCAAGGGGUAUGGAGUACGGGAAGAGUGCAAGCCAAGAGAAGUACGGUCUUAUUGUUUUAACAGCUGACACCUACAAAUGCAGGUUUGUGUGCACAGCAUUGGACUAUUUUCACCAUAUGAGAAGUAUGCAAGCAAUCUCAUUUCAUGGCUAAAAAGGAGUUACUUUAAAGUUACAGCAGCGUAAAUGAGAGAAGGAAAAUGUUUCAGAUUUGAAUCACUGAGACAUGUAGAACUUAAGUCUCAAGACUGGGUGCUGCGGUGUGUUAAACGGGACACAAAGUCACCUGUAUUACACCUUUGGCAACAGAAACAGGUUACUUCUAACAGUGAAGGGAUGUGCACAGUUUAUUUUUAUCUCACGUGUUGCAUGCAAAUUGCCCCUGUCUACAGUACAGUGUGCAUACAAAGUUUGCUGAGGUGUCCAAACUAGAUUCACUGUGAGUACUUCUCCAGUAUAUGCAAUUAAAAUGUAAUUCAUUUCUAGAUAUCAUCAAUAUUCUGUCACGGUGUAAGGGGAAUGGACUAGAUGACCCAUGAAGUCUAUUCCUACCCCCAUAUCUAUUAUUAUUAUCUCAUAUUAGUAAAAUUACAUUUUGAGGUCACUUAUACGUGCUGAUUCCCUUUACACAAAUAGUUGGCAUUUAUGAGUUGCUCGUGUCCAUUUCUUCAUGUUCUAUUUAUAAGGGAUUAAGUACAGGUAGAACAUCAAAUGUAGGAAAAACCUGAUGUUUUGUAGUAAAUAAUUCAUAAAACAAUGUUAUGACCCUUACUCCCCGUGAGUCAUCCACAUAAUGAGCCACCCAAAUGAAGCAGUGAAAACAUUCACUUCCCCUGCCAUGGGUGUGCCCUGACGGGCUCCUCAGGGCCAGAAACCCAUCCAUCUCUUUUCACACACGAGCUAAUCAAUUCAAAGAGGGAAGUGCCAAUGAGCUAUUGGAUCAAUAUGGUGAAGUAUGGAGAUUGAUCUUAUCCCAGAGUGACUGCAUUAACAGACUCGUUAGUGUGACCUCUGCCCUCAGGCACGCAUUAUACAGGAUUGCAAGUCUGCUAUCAGAAUGAAGACCUCAGGUCAUUGCUUUUAAUAAUCUGCUUUGCUGAAAGAAUUAAAAGUAAAUCUGCAAAGGGAUGACUAAUGAAAACACAGAGUGCUUUCUUCUCCUCUCAUCUUGGAAUGCUUGCAAAAAUCGGGCCAGCUUUUCACAUCUCCCACCAGCAUCAUCAGUCUGGCACAGGGCCUGCUAGGCCGCGCCAGGCUAAAAUCUGCUGAUUUAUGUUAGUACAUGUUAGUACAACCAGUGGUAUUUUGCUUUCCUGACACACACAAAAAAAAAGAGUAAAAAGAAAUUGAGCACAAAACUCCAAAAAGUGUCAGAUGUGUCAAAAUCAAUGAAAGCCUUCAGUGGAUUGCUCCAGGGCCAGGCUGAGUGCCCGACAUGUUUCCCUGGUGCCCAUGGAAUGGCAGUGGAGUUGCUCACACUGCUGAGCACACUGCUGCCAGCAACAGCAUGCACCAGCUCGGGGCCCAGCCCAGGGAGUCACAGCCUGCUGUCACUCAGGCCAUAGUUGACUUUGGUGGCAAUUAUCUGAACAGCUAGCAUGGGGUAGCUGCUCAGGAAUUGGCCCCACAGGCUGUGCCAUGGGACAAGCCUUCAGAGGAACUGCUGCGUCCGGAGCAUCCGGUGUGCUGAUCAAAUCCUGACCCAGUACAACUGGUGAGGUCCUUCUGCUGUGCAGAGCUCUUUGGAGGCACUGGGUUUCUCAGUACGUGUGUAGAUCCUGAGUCCCAUCCUGUCCCUUAAUCGACCUAUGCCGGUAAGUGUCACUAACUUUAAAGGAUGUCUGUGCGUGAAGUACUGCAAGAAAUGCUAUAAGCAACCAUUUCAGGCCAACUUGUUUUAAAGACUAAUCUUUCUGACAUAUAGUUUCAGAGAUGCUGAACAAAACUACACUUUGUUGCCUCAGAACAUAAUAUUCAUAUUGUUAAUACUUUUAAAACCCUGAAUAAUUUCUUUGCAAUGAAAUAUUUAUGCGUAAACCACAUUUUAAUACUGUAUUUUUAUUAUACCAAGCAUUUUUAUUGUUCAGUGUAUAAUUGAGUCAAUGAAUUAGAAGAUAACUAAAAAGGGAUUAAUGCAUUUUUAAUGAAACUGAAUGAUAUAACUUCUGUUGUUCACUAAGAAUAAUGGCAGGUCUAUCAGGUUUGUAUAGAUAAGAGCUUUGUGAGUUUAUCUGAAAGCCCACAUAAUGCCUCUCCUUUAACUGUAACCUAGAAAAACAGACUUAACAGUCCUAUUUAGGCUUCUAAUUCGUUGUUUAUUUACAUGAUCUCUUUUCCACCUUGUGGUCAGAUCACCUGUCUAAUAAUGAAAAUAUGAAUCUCUUCAGCAAAAUACACCUAUAUCCAAUUGCGUAACACUUUCUGAGACAAUACUCUUUCCAAGUCCAAAUGGAAGGACCGAGAUAGCCAUACAAUACCCAUGGGAAAUGUUUCUGAACUCUUAGGUUGAGAGACAGGGGCACUGGUGAGAACUUUCUGCACUAAUAGUGAGAAUGUGGAUGUUUGAGUCUUCACACGGCUUGAGUCCUUAAUUAGCUCACUAGUCGAAAUUAUAAAUACUUUCCAGGUAGCAACUGCUGUGCUUAAGAAUAUCUCAAUAGAAAAUCCAUGUAUUAGUAUAAUACCAUGAUUGAAAUUCUAACACUGCACAAAAUACUGCACUGGAAGUUAAAACAGGAGUAGCAAAUUGAGCUCUGAUUCCAAUGUAUAUAUAUUGUGGUCUUUGCAAUAUAGUGUUUCAUUUUCUAUUUUGGUUGCCUUUUUUUUUUUUUUUUUUUGUGAUGAAUAUAAAAGUAGAUAAUGAACAUUUACAUUAGUACAGUACCUACAUAUUGUGGAUGAGGAACUUUAAAAUGACACUCUUAGAAAUAUAUUUGCAUUUUUCCAUGGGAGGCAUGUAAUUAAACUUGUUUGAAGAGAAGGAUUCUACAGUUUCUUGUAUCUUUAUCCUGAGACAGGAUAUGUGCAUAUGAUGUACACUUUCCCAUUUUAUUGAAGCAUUUGUUCUGUACUCACUGAUGAGAAGUGCAAGCUUAUGUAUUUUCACUAAAAUGGAGGUGAUUCUUCUGAACAGGAGCGAGGGAAAGUAAACAUAUAGCAUAUGUGGAACUGAAAUAACUUUUCUGUUAAUAAUAUCUUUAUAAAUUGAGUGCCACACAUCCAGCAAUUGCAAGAAGCAAAAGUUGCCUUCCAGUGAGAAGGUGGUUUGUUUCCCCAUAAGAUAAAACACACAAUUUACAGUCCUGUCCUUUUUACCAGACAAUUAGGUCUUCAACUUACAACUAGUAAAAAAUGACCAAUUUUCAUUCUGGAUUUCACAAAUAUUUUGUUUUAUGAAUUUUAUAUCAUGGGCAUAAAAUGCAGAGUUUCUGGAGUAAGAAGUUGCUUCUCUCCUUUAAUGGCAACUACAUGAAAACUGGUCGGGAAUAUAAGGAACCACAAAAACAUGAAGUGGUGGACUUUGGAUGGAGUCAUCAAGUUGACAAUAAAUAUAAUUUAUCUUAUAAAUCUGCAAUUUACUUUAUAGGUCUCCAGCUCAUACUGUGGAAUCACUGCCACAUGAGCUACCAACAGAUGCACCUGUCUGGUGUCAGUGUCUAUGGCUGCAGUAGGGAUAUCCGUUAGUAGUAUCUGUUUAGGUGGCUGUUAUUUUUCUGCCUACAAGUAAGUGAUGCAUAUUAUUUUCUAAUCAAUGAAACCUCUCCUUUUAGUUUCGGUGUAACAGAGGAAUGGCUGAAUGCAUUUCUUUAAACACCCUCAUUCAGAUUUCCACUGUGAGCAGCUUACAGACUGAUAACAUUCAUGAAAACUUUAACAAUAAAAAAAUGAUCUACUGGGAAAGUCAGAAUAGAUUGGAAAUACAUAUCUAGAAUGGAAAUGCUUCCUUUGCCUCCACAGGAUAAAUAAUAAAUGCUUUCCAGGUAAUGACUGCAGCCCUUUUGAUAAUGUAUAUAUUAAUAAACUAAAAACAUCUGUAGAUUGACAAGUGUUUUGUGGGCUUAGACUGAAAAGCCAGCAACUAAUUAUGAAAGCCUGACUUGACUAAUCAAUUAUUCAGAUAAACAUUAGGUGCCUAUUAUAUGCAUAAACAUGGGAAUUAUAUUUCCCGUAAGUAACUUUCUAAAAUUACAAACCCCAAACAUGCAAAUGUGGAAUAGAGAGAAGCAGCACUAUUAUGCACUUAUUGCACGUGCAGACCUCCCACUGAAUUAUUCAGGAAACACUGAACUGGGAGCCUCAGUCUUCCGACUCUGAGCAGCGCGGCAAUAGCAGCACAUGCCAUGUUGUAUUUGUUAUGCAUGUAAUAUUGAUUUAGCUUGUUCUUGCUGGUCAUGUUUCAAAUUCAUUUCAUGUUUAGGAGAUAGAGGAAAGGGGAAGCAUCCCUGGAUUGCUAUUUGCAGUAUAUUUUUACGCCUGUUGAACACAAGAUUAUCUGAUAAAUUAAUAAGACCAUGGCUUCUGAGUGCAGGAAGAAUAAACCUUUGAAAAGGAGCACAAGUAAGGUAAUGAAGUGUGUUUAGAAAAGGUUUAUAUUUGCCAGAUUCCCUACCUCCUGCAUGGAAAGACUGGGAGAGUGCGAGUGUUACAGAACAGAUUCAGUAGCGCUUCAGUUAAUUUGUAAGGCUCUGAACACAGUAAGGCAACGCCUGGUUGUUCCUUGCAUUUAGAAAAGACCGUGCUCUUAAACAGAAUACAGCAACAGGGAUACCAGAAAUAGAUGUGAGCAGACACCUGAUGACAAACAGUGACAAAUCCCACUGACACUGCAGUGACCCCCAGUUAGUCAAGAUUUAAUUAAGGGGUAUAAUUAAGUCAGUGGAACGGAACACUAAUGAGUGUUGAUUUUUUUUUUUUAAUAUGGGUAAUUACACUUAAGAAUACAAAGUAAGCUAGGCCCCUAAAUAUGUCAUUAAAGCAAAGAGUAGAGAAUGACAAUUAGAGCUUUAAAUAGUCUUUUGGUGUUGUUUCCCCCUUUGCUAGAAUAACACAGGUAGAAACAGCACAGCUCCAGUCAAGCAUCUGUACACGUGCUAGCAGAUGCUACUGGCCCAAUCCUGCAUGUGUCCAGCGUGUCAGUAAUGUGACCUUGGUGGCCCAGUAAAGUUAAACAUGCAUGGUUCUGUCCAUCACCGUGUUUGUACUUGUUUGUACCACGCAGGGGGCACGCCAGCUCAUUUUCUAACAAGUGACAUUCUGUUGCUCUUCUCUUUCAAUUAACAUCCUCUAGAUUUAAUUUAUUGAGUCUCUUUAUUACAGCAAGCAAUUGAUUACAAGGAAGACGUACACUACAGACCAUCGCUAUGACUGCCUGCAGGCUGGGUGCAGUUCACCUUUACCGUCAGACAGCACGUUUCCUACAGCAGUGGUAUUUUAUGCCUGAUCUCUAGUUCUCUGGAAUUUUUCUCUAGGCAGUUGAGUGAGAUAGCUGAAAUAUCUUUAUCUACAUGAUAUUUUCUUAUAUUUCAAUCAAGAUAAUAUUGUGGAGUAGAUUUGCUUAAACAAAAUGUUAAACGGGUGGAAAACAUCAACAUGAAUGAUGAUGACAAUGGUAGGAAAAGAACAAUUUUCCUAUGGUCUCUAAGAUUUAAAGGAAUGCCAGGGCCAGCCUCUGCUGGGAUUACUCUAUCUGCUCCCAGCUGGUAGCCAGCAGUUCAUGACAGCCUUUUAUCCGUUAUCAAAGCAACAAGUGGAAAAGCAGAUCCUCCUGACUGCUAACGCUCUGUUCAGUUCUCUCUGUAGAAUUUCUGCUUCUAAAACUUUCCUUUUAACAACUCCUCAGAUUUCCUUCCUACUGCUGCAGUAGACACUAAAUAUGUCUCUCAAGCCUGUAGCUCACUUGUCUAACUUAGACUCUGCAGGGCACUAACAGAAGAGGGAAUAAUUGCAUUACAACAGGACAUGUUCUACAGGGACUGACUGAAGCGCACCACGAUCCCGAUCCUGCUCACACUAAGGUGCUGAGGGCUUAGCAGCUGGGUGCAGUGACAGCAAAAACAGAUCCCAGUUACUCAAACGAUGCACUUGUGAAUGCAACACUUCGAUGACAAUUUCAGACUGAGACAUGAGAUUUUCUGUGGCAUGUAGUGGGUAUGCUGGGGCAGAGGAUGCUGUGGGGACACUGCUGGAUAAGACAUAAGGGACAUCUCUUCUCUCUGCAUCGAGGCCUCUGCCGCACUGCCUGAACCCCUGCUUGUUUUGGCCAGUCUCAGAUUAUUGGCAUACAGAGCUGGCCAUGGGUCUCCAGGAUCUCGGCUGCAAAGCAGCCGGUAAUGUCACAUCUUCAGGAGGUGCCUGUUGUCACCGCUCUGCAGAGGGCACUGAUAAAAGGCAUGGGAUCACUGCUCUUGCUCUUUCCUGUAAGCUCAAGUGUGUGAAAACCCUUGUGAAAACGAAAUACAAUAAAAGAAGAGGGCUUGUAAAAACAUCACGUAAAUGAUUUCCCUGCUUUUAUCUCUAGGCGGGCGUGUGUCAGUGUAAAAGAGUGGAUUAGGCAGGCUUGCUUCCGUCUGGGCUGGAGACACACGUAUGCAUAAUUGAUUCCUGACAUCUUCUUCUCCCCCAUGCUGUCCCCACGAGGCCACCCCUGUCCAGCUAUGUAUGAAUGAACAGAAGUGUCUUUCAUCCCCCACUUGCUUCCCGGUUCAAAAGGAACUACAAAAAUAGCAGCAACAAAAAUCCAGCAGCCUGCCAAAAGGCCUGCACACGUCCCAUUCUUAAAGGCAUGUGAAAGGUUGGAGAGCUCAGCAAAAUUUUUAUGUACGGGAGCAGGCCCAAGGAAAACUCACACGCCAUAACCAAUUGUGGACAGAGGAUCAUCUAUCAGCAGACAAAUGCAGGAACUCCAGAAUGUCUCUCCUCAAAUGAAAUAAUAUAUCUUUGAAAGCCAAUGCCCGUUUUAGGCCUGAGGCCCAUAUAUCAAGCCUGAGAGGCUUGUGGAUACGCUCCAGGGCCAUUAACCUUCCACCUGUUUCCCCUUGUCCUUCAGGAUGAGACCCUGCCCUUGAUUUUACUCCCUUCCCCUGUUCAUCUUCCGACAGAGUGUAAAUGUAAAGCAGAGGGCCUGUGAAAUAAUUCAAAGGCAAUGGACCAGGGACAUGGUUACAAAUCUCUGCCACUGGCACUGUGACUUAUGCAGGCAGUUUGUCACACAUGAGCCAGGUGACCUCUGUGACAUAACAGAGAAAAAUAUCGCCCGAGAUCAAAAGAUGAGAUUCAGAGCCCUCUAACUAACUCUGCUGCGGGCAGCAGCCGCCCAGGCUGGCCUCCCUUCCUGGCGCAGCCGCAGUGUGGGCUGUGCUCCUGCUAAUUGAAGCCGCCUCGUUUGCUCACCUCUCUGCCCAAACCAUCCCCGAAACACCACCAUCAGAACUGGCCUCCUCUUAAAGCUGCUGCUUUCCAAAACGGCUCGCAGAUGUGAAUGGGCGGCAGAUGUGAACGGGCACAGUGUUGGUCGGCAGGUCAAAACGAACACGUACCAAUCAGAAACAUCAGAAUGGCAGAAGAGUCGCUUCUGCAAACGAGUCUGUGUUCAGCCAGUGAUUUUUUGAAUGCUAAGCAACAAUGAAGCCUUGUAUAAGCAUGUCCUUCCCUGGUAUUGCAGUGAGAAGCCCUCAAAGCCUAAAACACUUACUGGGAUUCAACUGUCAUGGCAGUUACAACGUAAGUAGAGUUCGUAUCAGAAAUGAUGUGAUGCAACCAGAUGACACAGCAUCUGUAUUGAUUCAUAUCUUACAAGGAGACGUGCUACAGAACCGGAGUAUCAGCCUUUUGGAACAAAGUCUCAUCAGAUGGAUUUUUUUAGAAAAACCUUGCAGUCAUUUUUCAAGCUGUGUAAUGUAUAGGAAGUUUGCCAGCUGUUUUCUACAUUCAGGACAUCUCUGCUGGGUGCAGACAAAAGAAGCCUAGUGCUGUGUUUCUCUUCCACUCCCCAUAACCUAAUGGUAUGUCUGGUAUGGGCAUUUAAUUUUGCCUAUUUCAUAAAAUAAAGAAAGAAACAACACAACUGUUGCAGUAUCGCAAGCAUGAUAAUGAAACAAGAAAUACAACCGUAGCUAGAUCAGGCUAAAUCCCAUCCUAAUCCUAAAUCAUUUUGGCACUUGCCACCACCUAGUUGAUGAAAAACUCAGUUUAAUCCUUGGAUAUAUAUAAAAAUGCACACAAGCAGGCACACGCACAACACUCAGUGUGCUACUUACACGUGUGCUACGCAUUACCUGACUGGCUAAUUGCAUGCGGUCUUACCAUAUGCUGACUUUGAACAUUUUGUAUGGAGUUCAAGCUCUCCUGCAAAAUAAUCUGAACAGAUAGCAUUCCACUAUUAAAGUAUUUCUCAAUUCACUCAAUCUAAAAUCAUGAAAAAUUCGAACUCUGGUUGGUACUUGAGGCCAAGUCAUUGCAGUAGUUAAAGAGAAACGUGCAACUGAAAAUCAUUUCAUUGACAAAAGCCUGACAUAGAUCAUUAAACUGCUCUGGUGUGGUACACUGCAGCAGCAAGUACAGUAAACAGAAGUUAUUGUUAAAGAAAGAUUACUGUGAAGUGUUACUGCGUGCUUUCGUAAAAAUAAGGCAGUUGCUUGAUUUUACACUGCUAAAAUGCUUUGCUCUUGUUUGAGUGCUAUGAUUACACACACCUUUUCCUUUGUUAUAUAUCUCCAAAAGAAGCCUGGCAGAGAUACAGGAGUCAGCAUCUAUAUCUAAGUUCUGCCACUGAUUUCAGUGAACUCCAAUUUAGAUCCCAGUUGUCUGCAUUUUUGAAAAUACCCGGAGCAUUACUUUUUGAUGUAAAAUAUAGGUGAUAUAUCCAAGGGUUCUGGCACUCAGAUCUUUAGCUCUCAUUGAGACUCCUACUGAAUAUAUUCAUUUGUAUUUAGGCCUGAUUUCAUUUAUGCUUUCUGCAUCCAGUUUUUUCUCUUUUUUUUUUUUUUUCAGGUAUAUUUGAUGUAUCCCUGUAAAAUUAAUAUUUAAUUUAAAGAGCACCUAGCCUAAUCCAUUGUCUUUUGCACUACAAACAAUUUCUGUUGGGAAAAGUGCCAUGGAGUAUCGACAGUGACAACAAAUUGCAUUGUGCGGUGAACAUCUGUUUCCGACUCCCACACUGAUAUUGCAGGUUGGCUACUUCUGCGUUAGUCCUCACAGGCUGCCCAACCUCAGAGGAACUGGAAAUUACUGGCAGGAAGAACAUCAGUGACUGCACACUGGUUACAAAAGAAGCUGGAGCUAUUGUAGACCACGGUGACCUGGGCACGAGCUGCAGCAUCGGUUUUGGCUUCCACCUGCACACUAGAUAAUUUGUUUUGCUGAUUUUCACUGAGCUACAGGAGCAGCAAGAUGGAGUGCAGACUGCAGGCCUGCCUGACCCACCCACUCUGGACCUUCUCCUCAAAGAUUUCCACCUUUUCCUGAAAGGCUGAGCAAGGAAUUGAAGGGAGUGCUGGUGAACUGCUGCACUCACUGUAGGUCCGUGCAGCCCACAGCCACAAACAGCCCCCGUUAGUGCUGCCCACGGACUGACUGCGGUGCUAACGUAAUUCCCAGGAAGGAGAAAGGAAAAGAAGAGCCAGCAAACAGCAGAGAGGGGAUUUAGGAAUAACGCGUAGCAAAUGAAACUUAAACACUUGAGCCAGGCGCUCUGCAGAAGAAAACAGGAAACUGGCAGAUGCUGUGAGUGAAACUGGAAAUGCGCUAUUCGAGAUCUCAGCUUGCACUUCUUACUUGGACACAGUUCUCAUCAGCCUCAGUGAGGUCUUCUUCCAAUAAGCAAACAAAACCAGACCCAUAAGCACAACUUGACUUAACACUGAACAUCACCAUAUGCAUAAAGACUGACUUCUUCAGCUCUCUGUUCAGGAGCAGCUGUAGGUGCAUGUUUAUUUCCUCGUACAGGGAAUUCUUGCCACUGCACAGAGAGGUUCCCAGCGCUCUGUUGCUCCUAUGGACAUUU